AUGCCGGAAAAUGCAACAAAUUAUGAUGGAAUCAAGACAAUGUGUGGACCAAAUUUCAAAUUGGCGACUCUCGACAGAAUCGAUCUGAUUGGAAUUGUCGAGAGAAUAUUCAGACCAUCGACUUCAGUUUGGAUGGAUUUCCUCACAAAUUAUAUAGGAAUUUAUUCGGAGAAUAUUCAUAAAUCAAAUGAUCUAGCAGAAGACGAUGAAUAUUUCGAUUUGAGGGAACAAUUUAAUGGCAAAUUUGGCUAUAUCAAACCACUAGAUAUCAAGGAUGACAAUAUUCUUUUCAUUUGCGAAAAACCAUACAAAGACUCAUAUUCUGCAGUAAGUGGUGAUGUUGGAAAAUAUUCCGAGAUAUUCUUUGAAGAAUACGCACUACCGAAUAAUCUAGUGUAUCCGACAUUUGGAAAAUAUGGUAAUCUAUCGGGAAGGUUAAGCGAACCGGAAAGUGUCGAAGAAGUGGAACUACUCGGCUCGAUCGCUAAAGAUGGCUGGGACUACUAUCUUGGAAUCCAAAAGUGGCGUGAUGGAUUUGCUCAGGAUUAUUAUAAUGGAAAAAAUCCAGUUUUUGAUUUCUACUGGUCAUUAUGGGAUAAGACUUAUUCGCCUGGACCGCCAGGACUACGCAUAGUUCUGACGAAAAACAAACUUCUCAAGACUUUACACGGAAUGGUGAGAAUCGGAUACAUGUGUCAAUUUAUAGUCGAUCGACCCGAUUCUGUUGAAAAACUCUACUGA